CUCCUGCCAGGGUACAAGGCCGCUGACAACCACACUGGCAGUGACCGGAUAUACGUGGUCUUGGCCGCUCAAUCUCCUCAGCCCGCACAACAGUGUCGGCUCUUGUCGAGUGCACACGACUCAUAUGAACUAACUGUUCAGCAAACAUAUGACACUGUUACCGGAGGUGCUACAAAUAUAUAUUUUAUUCGUACUAUUUGUAAAUGACCUUGAAAAUAUAUGCUAAGGAGUUCUCUUGUGCAAGUGUAUGCGUUUUAGUGAGAAAAUGUAAAUAUGAUUUAUUGCCUCCAAUGAGAAAUAUUCGUGCACAUUCUUGAUAAAAUGAGCUACAGCUGUGAAACAUAUGCGAUAUGAAUGUGGUAUAGAGCAGUAUAAAUUUUCCUACAAUACAGUGCGCUAGAACGCACUGUCCCACGUGACCAAAAUGGACCAAUGAGCGCCCUUGUUGUGGUCUUGUUCUGGGAAUAGACUUUAGUCAUCUGUACCAAAAUACGGAGUGGAGUUACUGAAUUUCCUUUAAGAUUUCUUGUGGUCUAGGACUUGACUGUUCAACAUGAAUUCGUAGUCAAGUGCAACGGGAGUGUGUCUACGUUUCAAGAAGGUGCUGGAGGCAUGGCUGAUCCAAUGUUUGUAGCCCAGCGUAGUAACAACCAGCUGGCUCUCAACAUUAGCGAUGUCAUUGAUAUUAUUGGCCAAGAUGCACCUGAAUAUGCAGCCUCUGAUAUGUCUGUAUAUGGAGGGGUACAGAUGGGUGCACAGAGUGAAGCUAAUUAUUCCCCUGUAACUUCUGUUUCAAGAGCUGAUCCAGACUUGGAUUCCAAACGCAAAGCUCAUGUCCGCAUUUUGGAACAGCCACAACCGAAAGCCUUACGCUUUAGGUAUAUCUGUGAAGGCCGGUCUGCUGGCUCUAUACCAGGGGUCAGAAGCACAACUGAAAACAAGACUUAUCCUGCUAUUCAGGUAGUGGGAUACAAAGGUCCUGCAGUUGUGGUUGUGUCAUGUGUAACUGUGAACCCACCAUAUCGUGCACAUCCACACAAUCUAGUGGGCAAGGAGGGGUGUAAAAAGGGUGUAUGUACAAUGACCAUCAACCCUGAUUCCAUGCAAUGUGUCUUUAGCAACUUGGGUAUUCAGUGUGUCAAAAAGCGUGAUGUGGAAGAUGCCUUGAAGCUAAGAGAAGAAAUCCGUGUUGAUCCUUUUCAAACUGGAUUUUCCUACAGGACUCAACCACAAAAUAUAGACCUGAAUGCAUUACGACUAUGUUUUCAAGUAUUUCUUGAAGGACCAGAAAAGGGAAAAUUUACUUUUCCAUUGAAGCCAGUAGUUUCAGAACCAAUAUAUGAUAAAAGCCCAGUUGCAGUGACUAGUGCUUAUGUACCAGUUGUGGCAAACCAACAAGGACCAGCUAUUUCCCAGCUAUUGGACCUGGACUCUCAAAAGUGCAUUGACCAGAACCCAAUUGAUUUGGACAUGAGCAAUAUCAACUCGGCAGAGUUACGGUCUUUAUUGCCAAGUGACAGUGAUUUUAAUGUAUCCAUGGUAGAUGCACAUCUUUCUGCGAAUCUCUCAUCCAAUCUCAACAUCAUAGAUCCCCCAGCACCAUUCAAUAAGCUCAACAGCAAAACUAACUUUGGUGCCGGAACACCUGCUCCAUAUAUGCUUAACAUUCCUCCACAGCCUAAGCAAGAAACUGGAGGUCCAUCUGGCUCUGAUAGCUUAAAUAACCUGACAAGUGAAAUUGAACUUCUUAAUCAGCUCUCUUCAGCACGCUGAUAUCUUUUUUAUGGCUUUUUUAUGUGAAAGUUGCUUUAGACUGGUUCUCUGAAGAAGUGCUAUGCUAAAGAUGUUACAAAAAGAAAAAUCCAUUUUAGCAAUUGAUUUGAAAAAUAUAAGGCUACCUAAAUGUUUCACUUAAUAUGUAAACCUUUUCUUGAUAAAGAUUUAAAUUGUGUAAUGUUUUAACAAGAGGUUAAUAAUGGGACAUUGACACUGUACUGCAAAGAUCACGAUGUCAGCAGUCAAAAUUGUAAGCAUUUCACCACCAUGACAUCAUGUGUACAGUAAUUGUAUAUACACUAUAUAAAAUCUACAAAUCAUGAAAGUGUUAUUCUGCAAUAGAAUGCAGGGGACAUUUAUUUUUGUCCAACAAUUUUCUGCAAAUAGAAUGUGUGAAAGUUGCAUUGAUAUAAUUUUUGUUAUGUUUGUUGAAUCAGAUGUAUGUGUAUAUAAUAAACUGUAGUGUCUUCAUAAAUAGAUUGUGAGUGAAGACUACCAACUGCUUUACCCUAAACUCGGCAGCAAUCAGCCAGUGUUUGAUGCAAGAGGUCACGCCUAAUGUAUCUCCUGUUGUUAUUUUCAUAUUGAAAUAUGGCUUCCAAAAAUGUUGCCCGACUCAACUGAAUUGUCAUAUUUCAAAAACAAGGAUAUGAAAAGGACCUCAAAUACUGUCUUAACUUGCACAGGAUAAAGUGGGCUAUGCUUUGGUGCACAACAUUGACUUAAACAUAGAGAUACAAAUCUUGCAAUUGUUAAUAUUUUGUAUAUACUGUACUGUACUUCCCAGGAGUUAAGUAAAACUUUAUUCCUGUUUUGCAUUACCUGAUAUUAAAGAAGUUAUAACCUUGUACUAAAGGUAUUUUGUAUGUCACAAUGUGUGUACUCCUUGUUGAGUGAGAUAUCCAUUAACUGUAGCCUGCAUCAGGUGAUAUUUCUUUUGCAGUCUUACAGUUUUUCUCUAUUUUGGGCUUGCAUGAUCAUUUGAUGUCUAUUUUUAGAAUUUUUAUAUGUUUUGGUAUUGCUGAUUAGGUUAUCAGAUCCAGUUUGUGAAACUGAUACUUACUAUUGUUACUGUUGUGAUCUGUGCACACCAUAUUUGUCAUUCUUUAAUUAUAGAUUUUUUUUAUAAAGAGCCCCAUUAAAAUUAUGUUAAAUACUAAUGGUAAUUUUUUACAUUUGAUUUGUCAAAUUUUAUUUUACUUAUAAAUUUUAUGAAAUAUUUAUAGAUAAGAUAUACAAUAUUGUUAAGUUUUCCAAAGUAGUUAUAUUGAAAGAAUUAAGUGGAAGAAUUAUUGUCCAGCUGUAUGGUCCUCUCAGUAACAGUGUCUAUCACAGGGAAGAGAAUGGGCUUCAUUUGUUAAAGAUAAAUUACUUUUUCUCUCUUUUUCUCUCAGCUUGACAGCAUGAAGAUUAGAAUAAUCCCUAUGAUAAUUAAAGGUUUUAACACAAGUCCCUGCUGUGUCUCCCUCAGUUAUGUAGAUUUAUACACUUGUUUUGUUUUUCUUCAUUCAGCUAAUCUCAAUUGACCAUCAGUCCUUUACUCAUUAAGUGAUCAUAUAAACACUUG